AUGAUGAAACAAUUUAUACCACGAAAUUUACUCAAGAGUUUCCAAAGAAAUAUUUACCUACAUAGAGGAAGUAGAAUAAGUGGAUUGAAAAAACAUCCUGAAGAAGUUUUCACAAAUUAUAAAGGAAUAAAAUAUGAAGAUAUUGAUAGCAAUACUCAAUAUAUUAAUGAAUUUUUAACUGAUAAAUUCAAAAUCGAUAAUAAAUUAGCAUUACAAGUAAUAACUCAUAAAUCAUUCGCUAAUGGUAUAAAACCCCAUAAUGAAAAAUUAGUUGCCAUGGGAUCAAGAGUUUUAAAUUUAUUCUUGGUUAAACAUGUUACUAGUCAACAAACCACUAAUGAAUUAGCUAUUAAUAAUCAAAACUUGGACAUCUUGGGUCAACCUUUUUCCAGAGAAUUAAGUGGUAGAUUAUCAUUAGGAAUCUUUGCCAAAGUAGAAAAAUUAAACACUAUAAUGUUUUGGAAUACUUAUGAACAUGGAUUGAGUUUUGAAAAUAGUGGAGAAUUAAAGGUUAGUGCUAAUUUAGUUUAUGCUUUAAUUGGAGCUAUAAAUUUUACUCAUGGUAAAACAGUAGCUGAAGAAUUUAUCAAGGAAAAGGUCUUACCUCAAGUUGAAGAUAUAACAAAGAAGAUAUUUGACUCCGAGGGUAAGGUUGAAUAA